AUGAAAAUUUUAGGAAAAAAUUUAGAAAGAAAUAGCAAGACGAAAUUUUACGAUGUAGGGCAGUCUUUUUGAACAAUUGGUACUUGUUGAAAAGCAAUUAUUAUCAUAGGCAACCCAGCAAAUAUAUGUAUUUACUUAAAAUGCGUUAAAAAAAUUAAAAUGCACACAAAGUUCGCCUGAAUUUGCUACCCAGCGCUUUAUUGUGUAGCUCAUUAUAGUCGCAUGUUACGUCAUUGUAUUGUCUAUAGUAUGAUAUCCUAAGGCUGGCAACUCUUUCAUACAAUAAAUUUACACACAUUAAUUUAAUACGGUCGCUUGAAACAAGAAAAGCAACGCAAAUUUCUGAAGAAAGAAAUCAGAUACAAAACACCUUGGACAUAUUUUCUAAAUUUAGUUUAGAGUUGAAAAAAGUUUAGAAGUGCUUAAAUUUCUUCAAUAAAACGUUUUUGUCGAAAUUAUGCUGUAGAUAGGCGAAUUGCUCGACAAACGUCAUCAUCGGAAAACAAUCGGCUUAUUCUUAUUGGCUGCUGAAAAAUCGGAAAAUUCCGAAGAAAGUUCGUUGACUGCAAUAUAUUAUAUUCGGAAUUUUCCCAUUGUUCAGAGGUAAGAAAGAAAUAAGCAGAUGGUUUUCCGAUGGUUUGUCGAGCAAUUUGCAUCCCGCCUAUCUGCAGCAAAAGUUCGAUGAAAACUAACUUUUUAUUGAAGAAAUUUAAGCACUUCUAAACUUUUUUAACUCUAAGAAGUAUUAACAAAUUUAGAAAGUAUAUCCAAGGUGUUUUGUGUCCGAGUUUUUCUUCAGAAAAUUGCGUUACUUUAGUUAUUUCAAGCGACCGUAUUAAUGUGUGAAAGAGUUGACAGCCUUAGGAUAUUAUACUAUAUGACAAUAUAAUGACGAGUCUGCAGACAUAAUGAGCUACACAACCAUAGAUAUCUUAUAUACACUAUACAGGGUGUCCCCCAAAAAAACGAAAACUAUUGAAAUCACCAAUAACAAUUUAAUUGUUAGAAUUUGAAUGCCUUAGCGUUCUGUUGGUUCCCACGAGUGCAUAAAUGAUUGACAUAAGUAAAUUUUAUGCAUAAAGAAACUGUUUAAGAAGCUGUUUUUAAUUCCCAGGAGCAGAAAAUCGCGCACUUUAGCAGGAGAUAUUCCUAACUAAAUUCUAAUACAUGCACCUUGUCAAUAUUUUACGCAUCAUUACGUCCAGCUGUUUGGUAGGGCAUUCAAAUUUAACAAGAAGUGAUUUCAAUAGUUUCCGGGUUUUUUCGGACAACCUGUAUAGCGCAUCUCUUUUAGUAAAAUUGAAGCCAAGAAUAUCCCAGCACCAUCAUUGGUGGUAACCACCCCCAUUUGAAUAGAUGGCGGCCAUGUUGGGUUCCCACUCGCUAAUAAACGCUUAAAAAACAAUAACUUUCGUCAUUUGAAUAGUUUAAAAAUGUAUUUGGAAUAGGUUUAACUUAAUAUUUAAGUUCCCUGUUUAAGAAACAGAAAACAUAUGAAUCUUCUCAUUUCAUGGGAAUAUCCUGAGUCUGCAAUCACGGCAUCAAUUUUUGAAUUGCAGAAUAAUGAGGGUGGGAAAGGGUAUUUUCGUGAGCCGUGAAUGGUCAAUAUUUGUUCGCGUGAAAUGUGAAAUGCUUGAUUUUAGUGUCGUGAAAUGUGAUUUGUUCUACAGCCGUGAGGCGUGAUUGUUGAUAAAAAUGCUCCGUGAAAUGAGAAUUAAGGAUGCCUGUUUCGUGAACUGUGAUUAUUAUAGUGAUUAUUAUAAUAAACAUGAUACGAGAUAAUCAAAUUUAUAUGACCUCACUCGAUUGCACAAGAGUAAAAACUUCGGAGGCCUUUCGCGAGGUUCCUGACGCUGAGGACAAGGUUCCUGACGCUGAGGACAAGGUUCCUGGCGCUGAGGACAAGGUUCCUGGCGCUGAGGACAAGGUUCCUGGCGCUGAGGACAAGGUUCCUGGCGCUGAGGACAAGGUUCCUGGCGCUGAGGACAAGGUUCCUGGCGCUGAGGACAAGGUUCCUGGCGGUGAGGACAAGGUUCCUGGCGGUGAGCACAAGGUUCCAGGUGCUGAGGACAAGGUUCCCGGCGGUGAGGAUUGGUUCCCGGCGGUGAGGACAAUGUUCCUAGUGCUGAGGACAAGGUUCCUGGUGCUGAGGACAAGGUUCGUGGCGCUGAGGACAAGGUUCCUAGUGCUGAGCACAAGGUUCCUCCCGCUGAGGACAAGGUUCCUGGCGCUGAGGACAAGGUUCCUGGCGCUGAGGACAAGGUUCCUGGCGCUGAGGACAAGGUUCAUGGCGCUGAGGACAAGGUUCCUGGCGCUGACGACAAGGUUCCUGGCGCUGAGGACAAUGUUCCUCACGCUGAGGACAAUGUUCCUCACGCUGAGGACAAGGUUCCUCACGCUGAGGACACGCGUGGAGGUCGUCGUACAUUCUCGUCACUCAAACUUGUAAGUUAUGGUGUAGUUUUUAACUGACAGGUAGAGAAAUUAGAGAACUUAAAGCGUAGAUACUGUACCAUGCAUUAAACAUAGUCUUCAUAAACAUAUUAUUAUGUUAUUUUAUGAGAAUCUAGUUUUCCGUGAAAUUGCUUUUUAAGACACGUGAAUCGUGAAACGGCUUUUUUUUCGUUGUGAAACGUGAUCCAUACCCCCCUUUCCCACCCUCAUUGGUAAUGUUUUUAAAUGUUUGCUGAAAUAUUUAUUAUCACUAAUCGAACGAUUAACAAAAUAAAAAAUGGGGUCACUGUCCUUUUUCGAAUUAGUUUAAAGGAAAAGAAAAGCGGCCAUAUUAAAACGUCAUGGUCGCCAUGGCAACGAAAAUUUUGGGAAGCGUUUUUAUCCACCGACUUCUAAAGUCAGAUGCAAUAUAUCGCGUAAAUUAAUUCACCUGAAAAAAAAACAACUCACCAUCUUCUGCUGCAUGUUUAGUUUCUUUAGCAACGGUUUAUCUUGGCUUUGAUAGAUUCACUACAGAGAAUUAAAAAAUAGCUCAUUAAUUUAUAGGUAUAUUAAACAAAAAAGCGACAUUUUACAGAUAAAUUAAGGCUGUGUUUUGAAGAGAGGGGGGAGGGGGACCUGUAAUAUAAUUUCAUGGUGUGUGUGAAAUUUUUUAUUUGACGGGAUUAAAUUUAGGAGAAACUUUACAAUGGAACAUUAUACUGUAUCAUUUGAUAAUAAUCAUCAUGUUCUUUUUUUUUAAAUGUAUGCAAUGAACGUGUUUUUAGGUAAUAUUUUGUUAAGAAAAAUAGGAUAAAAUAUUAAAUGUGUUUGUAAGAAGUAAAAUAAGUAAAACAUAACAGCUUUAUACAUUGAUAGUAGUUAUAUAAUUAACUUACAGGGUAACACAUAUAACAUAUUGUUGACUUUCAACACCAUUGAAGCCGUUUCGUUUCAUUUUCUUGAUUGGAGAAGAAGGUGCCGCCAUUUUGUCUUUGACCACCAUGAUUUAACAUUGAAAUUUCUCGAUCAUUUCUUCAUCAUUCCUCUUCCAAUUUGGCCCAAAAUUUAACAAAACGUCCAUUAUGGUAUCGUCGCAAUUUCUGUAGCAUUUAAUUGACUUCUUUUUUUUUAUUUUGGCAGAAAAUAGAAUUUUGGCCUGGUUUUCCUCGAUUUUUUGCAGAUGCUAGUUCACCGAAGAACAUGCUGUAACUGACGUCACAAAGCAUUUGAUUCAUGGUAUAUAUAUCCCGUAUGUACAAAAUUGAAUUUUCGGUGUUCUUGUUUACGAAGCCUUAAACUUAAUUUCUAGCUUAAAUUGAGGGUUUUUAGCCACAACUUUCAACUAAGAUAUUUCUUAUAUUUCUUCCUUUAUAGUUAUUUUUUAUUUCGCUCAAAAAACGCUCCUGAAGAGCGUUUGGGCGUGUUUUUUUUUUAUUUGCAUGCUAAUGAGUGCGGAAAGACAUGUCCGAUUUGUCGGUUGAGUUUAACUUUUCCUCCGUGGCCGAAUGGUAACGGCAACUGUAUUGUGAAAAGCCACGCCCUUUGGUGUUUGCUGUGGAUCGUCCCUCGCUUGCGACAACACAGGGACGAACCUAAAGGGUGUGAGUGACUCUCGAAAACAGUUGCCGGUACCGAUAGGCUACUGAAGGAACGUUUAAACCUGCAGUAAAUUUCUUCUACUUAAUCAUUUACCUUAUGCUUGCCAGCCGGGGACCUGCAUUUCGGGGGCCACCCAAAACAACAAGCUGCCGUGCAAGAAGGGCAAUACAAUUGCAGUGUAACACUACAACUGUACUGUCCUUCGUGCACGACAGCGAGUCGUUUUGGGCUAAACAACUAGAUUUGUAGGACAAAUCUAGUCGUUUUCCAAAAAACGACUAGAUUUGUCGUACUAUAUAGGGCCGAUUUCGUUGCAAUGAUUGUGGUGCACUAUAUUUUCUUGCUUCUGCGCAGUCGUAUCUUCUUGAAUAAAGUUGUAUAUGGUACUCAAAAUUUGUCCUUGAAAGGACCAUGUAUUCUGCGUGGUUCCGGGUUAGAUUCCCAGAGCAUUUUAUGUACUUAUAUACAACUUUCUUAGCGCAACUCCAUGCAAGCUAUGGAGAAGCUAGCUUAUGAUGUAAGUUAUCAUGGCCAACAUACCAAUGACAGUAGUUUUAUAUAGAAGAUGAAAUGUAUAAUAAACCGCAAGGUUUGUUACUGUACAUGCAGGAAUUGACCGAAUACUGUUGUAAUCACCCAGUCACAACAACGUAAAAGUUAUGGCUGUUUCUUCAAUCCACAUGCAACGAAGCUUUAAAUGACAUUAUCAACAUUGUCUUCGAUAGAAGUCAUUUAUGAGGCAUUCGGUUUAAGAUUCCCAGAGCAUGUCCGCAACAUUUCGCAACUUACGAUAAACUUAUUACGGACGAUAAACUAAUAAUUGAGAACGAAGUGUGAAUGAAGCUACAAGGUUUAAUCUUUGGAUAGCAGGAUAAGAUAAUAAUUCGGAGCAUGUUUCUUGUGAUAUUUAACCGGCACAAAUUAUAAUAUUUGAGUUUUCUAGCAUAUAUGGAGGCCUGUUUAUUGCAAACUCUGUAUAUAGAAGUAAAGUUGAACAUAACUAAAUUUCAAACUGAACACUCGUUUUACUCCAGUUAACUAUACCUGUAUCGUCUACAUGCUCGAUAGUUCAAGUAUUGUAAUUUGUCACGGUUAAAUAUCACAAGAAACAUGCUCUGGAAUAUUAUCUUAUCCUCCUAUACAAAGAUUAAACCUUCUAGCUUCAUUCACACUUCGUUCUCAAUUAUUAGUUUAUCGUCCGUAAUAAGUUGUAUCGUAAGUUGCGAAAUGGUAUACACGGGUUGCGCUAUUAAACGCCUCGAGUAAAAUGUCUGUUCAUAUUGAAAUUUAACUAUACUUAAUAGUAUAGACUAUAUUAUACAUGCUCGAUAACUCAAGUAUUGUAAUUUGUCACGGUUAAAUAUCACAAGAAACAUGCUCUGGAAUAUUAUCUUAUCCUCCUAUACAAAGAUUAAACCUUCUAGCUUCAUUCACACUUCGUUCUCAAUUAUUAGUUUAUCGUCCGUAAUAAGUUGUAUCGUAAGUUGCGAAAUGGUAUACACGGGUUGCGCUAUUAAACGCCUCGAGUAAAAUGUCUGUUCAUAUUGAAAUUUAACUAUACUUAAUAGUAUAGACUAUAUUAUACAUGCUCGAUAACUCAAGUAUUGUAAUUUGUCACGGUUAAAUAUCACAAGAAACAUGCUCAAAAUUAUUAUCUUAUCCUCCUAUCCAAAGAUUAAACCUUGUAGCUUCAUUCACACUUCGUUCUCAAUUAUUAGUUUAUCGUCCGUAAUAAGUUGUAUCGUAAGUUGGGAAAUGGUGCGGACAUGCUCUGGGAAUCUUAAACCGAAUGCCUCAUAAAUGACUUCUAUCGAAGACAAUGUUGAUAAUGUCAUUUAAAGCUUCGUUGCAUGUGGAUCGAAGAAACAGCCAUAACUUUUACGUUGUUGUGACUGGGUGAUUACAACAGUAUUCGGUCAAUUCCUGCAUGUACAGUAACAAACCUUGCGGUUUAUUAUACAUUUCAUCUUCUAUAUAAAACUACUGUCAUUGGUAUGUCGGCCAUGAUAACUUACAUCAUAAGCUUCUCCAUAGCUUGCAUGGAGUUGCGCUAAGAAAGUUGUAUAUAAGUACAUAAAAUGCUCUGGGAAUCUAACCCGGAACCACGCAGAAUACAUGGUCCUUUCAAGGACAAAUUUUGAGUACCAUAUACAACUUUAUUCAACAAGAUACGACUGCGCAGAAGCAACAAAAUAUAGUGCACCACAAUCAUUGCAACGAAAUCGGCCCUAUAUAGUAGGACAAAUCUAGUCGUUUUUUGGAAAACGACUAGAUUUGUCCUACAAAUCUAGUCGUUUAGCCCAAAACGACUUGCUGUCGUGCACGAAGGACAGUACAGUUGUAGUGUUACACUGCAAUUGUAUUGCCCUUCUUGCACGGCAGCUUGUUGUUUUGGGUGGCCCCCGAAAUGCAGGUCCCCGGCUGGCAAGCAUAAGGUAAAUGAUUAAGUAGAAGAAAUUUACCGAAGGUUUAAACGUUCCUUCGGUAGCCUAUCGGUACCGGCGACUGUUUUCGAGAGUCACUCACACCCUUUAGGUUCGUCCCUGUGUUGUCGCAAGCGAGGGACGAUCCACAGCAAACACCAAAGGGCGUGGCUUUUCACAAUACAGUUGCCGUUACCAUUCGGCCACGGAGGAAAAGUUAAACUCAACCGACAAAUCGGACAUGUCUUUCCGCACACAUUAGCAUGCAAAUAAAAAAAACACACCCAAACGCUCUUCAGGAGCGUUUUUUGAGCGAAAUAAAAAAUGAACUAUAAAGGAAAGAAAUAUAAGAAAUAUCUGAGUUGAAAGUUGUAGCUAAAAACUCUCAAUUUAAGCUAGAAAUUAAGUUUAAGGCUUCGUAAACAGGAAUACCGAAAAUUCAAUUUUGUACAUACGGGAUAUAUAUAUAUACCAUGAAUCAAUGCUUUGUGACGUCAGUUACAGCAUGGCUUCGAGGAACGGAACAUCUGAAGAAAUCGAGUAAAACCACGACAAAAUUCUUAUUUUCUGUCAAAAUCAGAUAAAGAAAUGUCAAUUAAAUGCUAUAGAAAUUGCGACGAAACCAUAAUGGACGUUUUGUUAAAUUUUGGGCCAAAUUGGAAGAGGAACGAUGAAGAAAUGAUCGAGAAAUUUCAAUGUUAAAUCAUGGUGGUCAAAGACAAAAUGGCGGACACCUUCUUCUCCAAUCAAGAAAAUGAAACGAAACCGCUUCAAUGGUGUUGAAAGUCAACAUUAUGUGAUAUGUGCAACACAGUAAGUUAAUAUAUAACUACUCUUAAUAUAUAAAGUAUUAUGUUUUACUUUUUACUAACUCCGUUAAUAUUUUAUCCUAUUUUUCUUAAAAAAUGUUACUUUUGUAUGCAUAAAAAUUCGUUCAUUGCAUACAUUUCAAUAUCACAACAUGACAAUUAGUAUUAAAUGAUACAGUAGUGUUCCACUGCAAUUUUUUCUCCAAAAUAUAAACCCUCUUAGAUGAAAAAAAUUCACCCAUCCAACCCUACCCCCUGAAAUUAUAUUACAGCCCCCCCCCCCCCUGCAAAACACAGCCUUAAUUUAUAUGUAAAAUGUCGCUAUUUGAUUUAAUAUAUCUAAAAAUUAAUCAGCUAUUUUUUAAAUUCCUGUAGCGAAUCUAUCAAAGCCAAGAUUUACCGUGGCCAAAGAAACUGAACAGCAGAAGAUGGUGAGUUGUUUUUUCUCUGGUAAAUUAAUUUACACAAUAUAUUGCAUGUGACUUCAGAAGUUGAUGGAUGAAAAUUAAGCGAAAUUAACGCCUCCCAAAACGUACGUUGCCAUGAUGACCAUGACGUUUCAAUACGGCAGAUAUAUAUCUUUCUUAAGGUGGCUCCCUACUGUUUUUUGCAGCUGGAAAAUUUACGAUUUUGGGUGGAUUUUUUAACAAUUGUUACUUGCCGAAUAAAAAAUUAAAUAGUAUCUGAGCUGUAGAAAAUACUAAUUCAAAAUUGACGUCAGUGCCGUUGCUAUGGUAGCCGUGGCUUUUUAAUAUGACCGAUUUUCUUUGACUUUAAACUAAUUUAAUUCGAAAAAAAGAACGGUGGUUUGAUUAGCAAAAAUAAUUAUUUAGACAACUUUCAAAAAUAUUCGCAGAGUAGAUUUUUCGUGUUUUUGCGAUUUAAAAAAUUCUACACUGGCGACCCCCCCGAAAGAUGGCUAAUUAAUUACUUUUAGGAAUUGAAAACGUUUUAACAAAAUAAAAAAUCGAGGCCAUUGUUGUUUUUUAAUUAGUUAAAUUAGUUCAAAAGCAAAACAUCGGUCAUACUGAAACGUAUGGUUACCAUAACAACGGCAAUGACGUCAUUUUUGGUAAAAAAUUUAUGCUCUUCGGGUAGUAUUUUCUAUAAUUCAGAUACUAGCAUAGGCAACCCAGCAAAUUAUGUAUUCACUAAAUGUAUGUAUUCAACUUAUAUGUAUAAACGCGUUAAAAACAUUUAAAAAUGUGCAUAAAGUUCGCCCGACUUUACUAUCUAGCGCUUUAUUGUAUAGCUCAUUAUGUAUGCAAACCGGUCAUGGUUACGUCAUUGUAUUGUCAUAUAGUAUAAUAUCCUAAGGCUGGCAACUCUUUGACACAAUACAUUUACGUCCAUUAAUACAGUCGUUUGAAACAACAAAAGUAACGCAAAUAUCUGGGGGGAAAUCAGAUACAAAGCACCAUGGAUUAUAUUUUCUAAAUUUAUUAAUACUUUUUAGAGUUGAAAUUUCUUUAAAAAAAAAGAAGUUAUUUUUCAUCGAAAUUUUGUUGUAGAUAGGCAGGAUGCAAAUUGUUCAACAAACGUCAUCAUCGGAAAAACUAUCGGCUUAUUUCUUAUCGGCUGCUGAACAAUAUCAUCGGCUUAUUUCUUAUCGGCUGCUGAACAAUUUCAUCGGAAAAACCAUCGGCUUAUUUCUUAUUGGCUGCUGAACAAUCGGAAAAUUCCGGAUAUAAUAUACCGCAAUCAAUAAACUUUCUUCGGAAUUUUCCGAUUUUUCAGCAGCCAAUAAGAAAUAAGCCGAUGGUUUUUCCGAUGAUGACGUUUGUCGAGCAAUUUGUAUAUCCCGUAUAUCUACAGCAUAAUUUCGAUAAAAAAACUUUUUAUUUAAGAAAUUUAAGCACUUCUAAAACUUUUUUCAGCUCUAAAAAGUAUUAAUAAAUUUAGAAAAUAUAUCCAAGGUGUUUUGUAUCUGCUUUUUCUUAGAAAUUUACAUCAGGAUAUUAUACUAUAUGACAAUACAAUGACGUAGCCAUGCGAGUCUGCAUAUAUAAUGAGCUACACAAUAAAGCGCUAGAUAGCAAAAUCAGGUGAACCUUUAUGGGCACUUUUAAAUGUUUUUAACGCAUUCUUUAAUGAAUACAUAUAUUAGCUGGGUUGCCUAUGAUACUAUAGUUGUUUUUCAACAACUAACAAUUGUUCAAAAAUUCUGCCCUACAUCGUAAAAUUUCCUCUUGCCAUUUCUUCUUACAAUUUUUCCUAAAAUUUUUAUUGCAUUUUUUUGGUAGAGUGAUAUGAACGCAACAACUGGACGAUCCAAGAGGAACAAGCAGAUGAGAAAGUGGUAG